AUGAACAACUUCCUGGUGAGGGUCCACACGGAGGACGACCAAAUCAGAGACGAACUUCACAACCAAUUCGCGCAGAACUUCCUUUCGGGGAACCCCCCCAAAGAGGCGCCACACGGCUCUCAAAAAUGGGAAGAAGCGCCGAGCGACUCUCAAAAAUGGGAGGAGCCGCCAAAAGACUCUCACAAAUGGGAGGAGCCGCCAAAAGACUCUCACAAAUGGGAGGAGCCGCCAAAAGACUCUCACAAAUGGGAGGAGCCGCCAAGGUAUCUCCUCACGGAGAGUUACGUAAACACAUAUUUGACUCCCUUCUUGAUUAGAAGUGACGAGGGGGGUCCGUACCACAGCGUGUUUUGCCAGCUGGAUGUGGGGGGUGCGGCUAACCACCACCAAGGCGAUAACCACCGCGAAGGAGAUAGCCACCGCGAAGGAGAUAGCCACCGCGAAGGAGAUAGCCACCGCCAAAGCGAUAACCGCGCCGGGGGCGACCGGCACACGCUCCUGCUGCAGCUGUGGGGGUCCCAGAUCUACUUCGAAGACAUGGAGGCGGAGGACUUCCGCGUGAAGACAAACCAGCAGGGGAAGCAGUUCCGAGAGUACAAAAUAAAAAACAGAGAUGUGCUGCUGCUUCACGGCAGUUGCACCUACGCAGAUGUGAAAGACUUAUAUGACUACCUUAGCAAGAACAAAGAGGACUUGGAAAGCGCGCUCAACUCACUGGAAGGAAGUUUCUUCCUCCUCUAUCUCCAUUAUUCAAACGAACAUGCAAAGGUACACUUAUGUACCGACGCUUGGGGAAUGAAAUCGCUCAUCUUCUUCUACGAGCAGUCAUCCAUUGUGCUAACCAAUUCGUAUGGCCUGUUCUUUAACUACAAUUUUAAUUUCACCAAAGGGGAGGGAGGCAAUUACCUCUUUGAUGAUUUUUCAGUUGAGGAAGAGCUCAACGUGGUUCACCACCAUGGGGUGUUUCAAGCAGAAGAUAAGCCUCUUCCCAAGUGGAGUGCAUCCCCCACAAAGGGGAGACAAUCACAAAAAGAAGGAGAGAUGACCCCCCAAAGUGUUAUUAUCAACGAGAAAGUCGGCACACAGAUACCCCCCUACUACAUUUACAUACUAAAUAUAUUUAAAAAAAAAAAGGUAAUAUUAAAUAGAGUCCUUAAAAAGACCAGCAUCUACACCAGGUACACCGAUUGGACUGGCGACCACCUCUCUGUUGAAGAAAAUUUUAACCGCAUCUGCAAUUUUGUUGAAAGGAAUUCCUCCCUACUCGGUGGUCAUGAAAAAGAGUGGACUCUCCUGAAAUGGAAGAUUCACAACUCGGUGGGGGACCUCAUUCAUGGGGAUGAGGACCAACGGAGGGACGCCCAGACGGUGCUGAACAACAGUUUCGUUCACCUGUAUAUGAAAUUGCUAAGUGGAGUCAUUGAGAGGAAGAUCGGGGAGGUUUUCCCCAUCUCGGGAGGGCACUCUGCAGUAGGGAAAAAUCGCCUGAACGGUGCAGGUGAGAAUGAGCAAAAGGGAGAAGCAGGAAAAGCGGAGAAAACGGAGAAAACAGGAAAAGCAGGAAAAACAGAAAAAAAAAGAGAAGCUGAAAAAGCGGGAAAUUUUUCCUUUUUACAGAGUGCUUCCCGCAGAGUGAAGCGCGACCAAGUUGGGGGGAAAGCCCACUCGGUGGGGAUCCUCUUCUCGGGAGGGAUCGACUCAACCCUGCUGGCCUUAACAACGAUACGGGCCUACUUCAGUCGGUGUGCAGACGGGUACGUCGAGCUGAUCAACGUCUCCUUCGAAGACAACGCCGUCGACAGGUACACCGCCCUAAUGGCGUACGAACAAAUUGUGAAGUUGCACCCGCACGAUGACAUCAGGUUAGUCCUUGUGGACGUCUCCCCGAAGGACCUACUCAAAUACGAGCGGAUUAUUUUUUCGUUGAUGUCUCCGAACAGCACUACUAUGGAUUUCAACAUUUCGGCUGCCUUUUUUUUCGCCAACUUGGGGAGGGGGGUCCUUUUCCCGCGCUCCUUUUUCCGGCGCCCGGAGUGGGCCUUCAUCAGGGCGCGCGCCUCUCCCGAGCUCAACGUGGUGGGCGCGACCGCGAAAGGGGUAGCCGCGAAAGGGGUAACCUCUACAGGAGUAACCUCUACAGGCGUAACCGCUCCAAACGCAGCCGCUCCAGCCGCUCCAGUCGCUCCAACCGCUACCGCUGCGAAGGCCAAGUGCAGCGCGUGCGAGUUCGUCAGGAGCGGGAAGUGCGUGCACGGGUGCUGCUCCGCCUGCUGCAGGAAGCUGCGCUACGUCUACCGGAGGGAGUUUUCCGAGGGGGGGGCAUCGCAGGAGCCACGCAGUGGAGGCAUCUACCAAAUGGAGCGAGACGCACACCAGGGAGGAACUGUCGGGGGAAAGCAUAGCGGAACUGUCGGGGGAAAGCAUAGCGGAACUGUCGGGGGAAGCCGUGGAGGGGGGACCCUCUACCUAAUUGUGAAGAAGAAGAGGGUCCCAAUUAACUUCGAGCUUUUCCCCGAGUGCCCCGCGCACAGGGGCCGGGUGUACGAUUAUGGGCGGAUCGACUCGCUCUUCCGGGAGUUCAGCAGGGAGGUUGGCAGUGGGGCGGUUGGAAAGAAGGAGGUUGGAAGUGAGGCGGUCGUCAGUGGGGAGGCCGUCAGUGGGGAGGUUGCCAGUGGGGACCUAUACGAAUUCUGCAGUGACCCUCACAACCCCAACUUCGUAGACCGCUUUGCUGCCAAACACGCGGAAAACGACCCCCUCACAUUUGAGCAAAUAAAGAGCCUCUUCUCCGUUAAGGCGAAAAGGAAAGGCCAUCAGGGGACCAGUGCGGACGAGCAGAGGGAACCAUUUUUCGUAGGAGAGGAGGCCCUUAAAGAGGAGGCGCUGAAAGAGGAGGCCUUGAAAGAGGAGGCGCUGAACUACCUCAAGAGAGACCUUUACCAAAGUAGCAGUGACCCCGACUGCGUCGCUCAGGAGGGUUCGUACCAGUGCGCCCACCAGCUGCUGAUCAUUGGUAGCGGGGCGGAUGAACUGUUUGGAGGCUACUACCGCCAGAAUAGCGGGCACCUGGUAAGGGGAGAGCGAAGUGGUGAGGCAAGUGGAGAGACAACAGGAGAGACCGGAGGAGAGACCAGAGGAGGGGCAGGCAAACCCAAACGGGGAACACCCUCUAAGAAAAACGAAAUGAUGAAAGACAUUAGAAGAAUCUGGAGCCGAAAUCUGUACCGAGACGAUCGCAUCCUAAGCUUUAGUAGCUUCUCUAAUAAGGUCCUUUUAUACCCCUAUUUGGAAAUCAGCCUCGUUGAUUUUCUCCUUUCGGUUUCCUUUUACAUGGUAGAGGCUCCCCUUGGGGGGUCGGCACAGAGGCAAGGGCCAUCCUGUUUGAAGCCAAAUGUGACAGAGGGGGAGGAGCCCUCAAAAGUGAGGGGCUUAUGGGAAGAUCUGGACGAGUGCUCCCGCCUGUAUGAUCUUAUGAGGACCCACAAAGUUAGCAAGUGGGUUCUACGCAUGGCGAUCUUCUUCUCGCAGGGCAAAGAGUUGAUGCUCUUCAAAAAAAAGGCUAUUCAGUUUGGCUCAAAAGCGAAGAACGUGCGGAUGUACAUGCGGGAGUGGAUCUCCCUUGAGGGAGGCCGGCUCGCAGGGGGGGAGAAGCUCACAGAGGGAGUCGUCACAGAGGAGGGUGCGGCUUCAGGGGGGGCUACCUCAGGGGCGCUGCACGCUUCUCCCAAAGGGCUCCCCCCCAGCGACAGACAGAAGGGGACUGACAGGUACACCCUGCUCUCCUGAGGGGGGUAGCGGUUCAUGCAAACAGAGGUGAGGACGCAGUUGCCGUUGGCCGCUAGUGCCGCUGACCGCCAUUGCCGCUGACCGCAGUUGCCGCUUCACACCCGUGGCGAGAACCCCCCUGCGUCAAAUUUUCUCCCCUUAAAAAUGAACGGGUUAGCCACCACCGCUAACGCUGCUAACGCCGCUAACUCCGCUAACGCCGCUUUCCAUCUGUUUGAGGGCCGCGCCCACCUGGCCAAAGGGAACGACGAAGACCGUGGCGAACUCCUUGUAAGUGACCUCCCUGUUCUUCUGCUCCACCGCUUCGUAAAACUUCUUCACGUUAUUGUUAUUCCACAUGACGUGGUCAGUCUUGUGCUGAAAGAAGUGCUCCUCCUCGUAGUUUGC